GGAAACUUCUUUAAACUUUAUUCAGACACACAGAAGCUAGUGAUCACAGGUGAUAUUCACUCAAAGUCAUGGCGUCCUCCAGUGGUCCAGCACUAGAUGGGACUCUAAAUAAAAAACUCAGUCAAACUGGGUUGAAGUUUGUGCAGAAGUUUGCAGUGGAUGUGACUCUGGAUCCUGAUACAGCGAAUCCACAUCUCAUCCUGUCUGAUGAUGGAAAACAAGUCCGUCAUGGAGACAUUAAGCAGAAUGUCCCAAAAAACCCAAAGAGAUUAGAGGACAGAUCUGUUCUGGCAAAGCAGGGAUUCAGUUCAGGGAGAUUUUACUAUGAGGUGCAGGUGAAGGGAAAGACUGAUUGGGGUAUAGGAGUGGUCAGAGAAUCCAUUAACAGGAAGGGGGAGAUUGCAGCGAGUCCUGAGAAUGGAGUCUGGGUUCUGAUGCUGGAGAAUGAGAAUGAAUAUAUAGCUUAUGAUGAUCCACCUGUCUCUUUAUCUCUGAGAGUGAAACCUGAGAAGGUGGGAGUGUUUGUGAAUUAUGAGGAGGGUCUGGUCUCUUUUUAUGACGUGGACUCCAGAUCUCAUAUCUACUCUUUCACUGGUCAGACGUUCACUGAGAAACUCUAUCCAGGGUUAGAUCCAUACCUUAAUGAUGAAGGUAAAAACUCAAAGCCACUGAUCAUCACACCUGUCAGUUAAAAAAAUUUCCUCCAAAAUAUAAAACAUGAAAUCUGCAAAGAUUAUCUAUGCAUGAGUUGUUUUAGAGGAUUAGAAUUUGCAAAACAAAAAGUAACUGCACAAUAAUUAGCCUACAUGGAUUUCAUGGAUAAUUCAAAGUAGAAUGAAGCUUUGAGUCUAGUUCAUGUGUAAGUACAUUAUAUUGAAAAAGACAUACAUUAGAUAAAAUGUGAACAAAUUACACAAAAAGAAGACCAUAUUACCAUUAUCAUUCAUCUCAAUGGUGUCACACCAACUCUGUCUGAUUAAACCACAAGAACACACACAGCCUCAAGCUGCUUUUACGUCAAAGACAGGACAAAUACGAGACAAACUUUAAGGAUCCUCCAAAACCCAAUUACAUAUAUAUAUAUAUAUAUAUAUAUAUAUAUAGGCUAUUACAUAUUUGUCACAGAUACAUUUAAAUGACCAACAAUAGAGAUGCUAUUUGACCUAUGUGUACCUUCAGAUAAUUUGUUUUCAAAUUUUUCUAAUUUGACCCUUCUCGUGAACAUAAGUGAACUAAUCUAGCGUCAUUUUUUCAAAUUUUUAGGCCCCGUCCACACGGAGACGCGUUUCUGUGAAACCGCACAAAUUUUUUAUCGGAUAGGCGUUUUAGAACUGGCGUUUUAGAACGGUGAAACCGCUAUUUUUUGAAACCAGAGCUGCGUUCCAGUUCACUAACUCGCCCUCGCUAACUUCCCUCGGUCUCGUUGACUCGGAUGUACGUCAUUGCUUACGUUGCACGAGGGCCCACUUCUGGCGGA